AUGUACGUGUGCGGCAUCAGCGACCAGCAGUACAAGGAGGAGCGCUUCGACGUCUGGGAGGACGUGCAGGGCCUCGACUUCUCCUACUUCAAGCGGCUCAGCUACAUCGAGCCGCUCAUCGACACCGUCGACCGCAACCAGAUCGCGACGAACACGACGGAUCUCUUCUCGUUCGACAUCAACACCGUCACGGAGGCGGACCUUGCCUUCACGAGCGAAUUCACGCUCGUCGCCGAGCGCACCGACUGCGUGGACGCGCUGAGCGUGCACUUCGACACGCCCUUCACCGCCGGCCACGAGGCGGUGGUGCUCAGCACGACGCCCCUGACGGCGCCGACGCACUGGCGGCAGACGGUUCUGUACCUGCACAACCCGCUGCGCAUGAAGAAGGGCGAACACGCCAAGUUCCGCAUGCGCUGCUGCCCCAACACCGGCAACCCGCGCGAUCUCGACAUCGCCCUCCACGUGGAGUUCGACGGAGAGCUGCAGUCCAGUCACUACGAUCAGGAUUUCCGCCUUCGGUAA